AUGGCGGACGUGUCAGGCAACAUGCUGAAGCGGCCUCAUCCCGAAGAUGAAGACAACAACGCGCAGAAACGAACUCGCUCCAACAAUGGCUCUCCAAUGCCAGCACAGGGAGGCGCGGCCUCUGGGAAGGUCGACAUUGAAAAAAUGGUGGCAGAGGCGAGAGCCAAAGCUGAAGCCGUGCGCGCUAGGCUUCAAGCUGCCAGAGGCGGUUCCUCAGCCCUCACACCAGCUGCCCCAAGCCCGAGUCCUACGCCCCCAGCCGCUACUUCAGCCAUGUCGAAAUUAGAACAAAUGAAAGCGAGAGUAGCAGCAGCUACUGGGCGAGCCAAUGCUGCGGCGCAGCAACGAACACCUGCUCCUCCGCCUCCUGCGUUUGAUGACGACGAUGGCUCUUCACGGGCUCGAGGUGGCCUAGAUGUUGGUCUUCAUCCUGCACUUCUCGCAGAUACGACAGAGUUUCGAAGUGGCAAAGGUCGACAGGGUGCGCAGAAGUUUGCGGGGGGCCGUCAUGCUGAGUCGCCGUUACCUGGCACCAAAGAUCGAGCCGGACUCGACCUGUCAGGCCCGUCACUUGAAGAAAUCAAGAACAACCCCUAUUUUGAUCCGAGUCUUGGUCCUAAAGCAACUAUCGCGAAACCCAGGAAUUCACGGCAACUUAUUUUCAAUCAGAAGGGCAAAUACAUACAACAGGCGGCAGCCCUACGCCGGCAGGCCCAAUUGGAGGCCAUGAAGAAGCGCAUUGCAGAGAGGGCUCGGCAGGCCGGUAUUGAUGAAGACAUGGAUCUCGAGAAAGCAUUUUUGGUUUCAGCUCCACCAGCUAUUGAGUGGUGGGACGAAGGUUUGGUUGAAGGGGAGGACUACUCUGCUAUCGAUGACGAGCGGAAUCUCAAGAUAGACACCCCAGAUUCCAUCAUUACUGUCUACGUCCAACACCCCGUACUCCUCGAACCUCCCCAGGAUAAGCAUAUGCCCGCACAAAAACCUAUGUAUCUGACACCGAAGGAACAAGCGAAGAUCCGUCGUCAGCGACGGAUGGCCGAUCUCAAAGAGCAACAGGCGAAGAUCCGGCUAGGUCUUGAGCCAGCGCCUCCACCAAAAGUCAAGAAAUCGAACCUCAUGCGGGUUUUGGGUGAGGAGGCUGUCAAGGACCCUACCGCGGUCGAGGCACGUGUGAACCGGGAGAUCGCAGAGCGGCGUGAAACGCACGAAGCUGCCAAUGAGGCACGAAAAUUAACAAAAGAAGAGAGACGAGAGAAGCUUGCUCAGCAACAAGAAAAGGACGCGGAGAAAGGCAUCCAUGUAUCAGUUUACCGGAUCGAUAGCCUAGCAAACGGACGUAAUCGGUUUAAAGUCAGCAAGAAUGCUGAACAACACGCUCUUACUGGAGUCUGCAUCAUGCAUCCUCGGCUCAACUUGGUGAUUGUGGAAGGAGGUGCUCACUCAAUCAACAGCUACAAGAAACUGAUGUUGAAUCGGAUUGACUGGACGGAGAACGCGGGCCCGAAUGCGGUGCGUGAAGGCAAUCGCGAAGCUCUCGCGUCGUGGCUUUCGGCUGAGGAUGAGAAAACGGGAGAAUUGAGGGACCUUAGCACAAACACUUGUAGUCUUCUUUGGGAAGGCCAGGCUAAAGCUCGUUCAUUCAGAAAAUGGUUGGGUGCCAGAGUCUGUGAGACUGAUUCGCAAGCCAAAGACGUUCUGGCUCGAGCGAAGAUGGAGAACUUUUGGGCGUUGGCCAAGACUGCGAAACAAAAGGAGUUUUAA